CAUCUUACGUGUUUCUAGUCGGACUCAUAAUACAAGCGUACACGGAAAACGCCCCGCCUGAGGAGGACAGCCGACAACACGGUUGGUUAUGCAAUGGGGAGAUUGUGUAGUCUCUUCUAAUUACUUUGACAAGUGGCCAUCGGUGAAUGGCUGCAUUACUGCUACGAGUUUCACGCCGGCAUAUUUUUCGAUCUGGAGUUUUAUUUAUAAGACCAGCGUCGUCUGCUAGCAGCAUGGACGACACAGGACUGGCGACGAGUCGGUCGCCUCUUGAAAGAUUGGAGUUCGACAAUGUUGUGCUCAGAAAACUUCCCCUGGAUCACUCCGAGGAGCCUGGUGCGAGAAUGGUCAAGGGUGCCUGCUUCUCUUCAGUUAAGCCGACACCGCUCACCAACCCGAAAUUCGUAGCCGUGUCUGGCCCAGCCCUUGCACUUCUUGGUCUUACCGAAGAUGAAGUUUUGAAAGAUCCACUCGGACCUGCAUAUCUGAGUGGCUCGAAGAUUAUGCCUGGGUCAGAGCCGGCUGCGCACUGUUACUGCGGACAUCAGUUCGGUAAUUUUGCUGGUCAGUUGGGUGAUGGGGCAGCUUGCUAUCUGGGAGAGGUAAAGGCUCCAACCCAACAGGACCCUGAACUGUUGAAGGAGAACCCCUGUGGUCGAUGGGAGAUCCAAGUCAAAGGAGCUGGGCUGACUCCCUAUUCAAGACAAGCAGAUGGACGGAAGGUCCUGCGCUCCAGCAUAAGGGAGUUCCUCUGCAGUGAAGCCAUGUUUGGUCUGGGAAUCCCAACCACACGCGCAGGGUCCGUUGUCACCUCUGAUUCCAAGGUGGUCAGGGACGUGUUCUACAAUGGAAAUCCUCGCAUGGAGAGAUGCUCUGUGGUGCUCCGUAUUGCACCUACCUUCAUUAGGUUUGGCUCCUUCGAGAUCUUCAAGAAGGAGGAUGAGUACACAGGUCGUCAGGGCCCCAGCUACGGCCUUGACCACAUUCGCACCCAGAUGCUGGACUACGUCAUAGAGACCUUCUACCCUGAGAUCCAGCAGAGUCACACAGACAGAGUGGAGAGAAACACUGCCUUCUUCAGAGAGCUCAUGUCCCGAACUGCGCGCAUGGUGGCUCAGUGGCAGUGUGUGGGCUUCUGUCAUGGAGUCCUCAACACAGACAACAUGAGCAUCCUGGGUCUCACUCUUGACUAUGGCCCCUAUGGCUUCAUGGAUCGAUUUGACCCAGACUUUAUCUGCAAUGCGUCCGAUGAGUCCGGCCGAUAUUCGUACAAGGCCCAGCCCGCUAUCUGCCGCUGGAACCUGGUGAAGCUGGCGGAGGCGCUGGCCCCCGAACUGCCUCCAGAGCGAGCCGAGGCCGUGCUGGAUGAAUACCUCCCCCUCUACAACACCUUCUACGCGGCCGCCAUGAGGCGCAAGCUGGGCCUGCUGCGCACGGAGGAGCCGGAGGACGAGAUGCUCAUCACGCAGCUCAUGCAGACCAUGCACAACACGGGUGCGGACUUCACCAACUCGUUCCGCUGCCUGAGCCAGGUGUGCUGGCCGAGGGGAGGUGAGGACGAGGCUGAGGUAAUGAAGCAGGCUGCUGACCUCCUGCUGGGGCAGUGCGCCUCUCUACGGGAGCUCAAGGAUGCCAACAGACCAACCAUGGACCCACGUGAGCUGAUGAUGCUGCUGAACAUGGCUCAGACCAACCAGGCGCUCUUCCAGAUGCUGUCUCAGGGCAAGAACCUGACCAAGCAGCUCGAGAGGCUGGGCCGCCUGAAGGAGCUGAUGGAGACCACGGAGGAGCAGCUGCGGACCAGGCAGCUGGACGAGUGGACCACCUGGCUCACUCUCUACAGGAAGCGUUUGAGUCGUGAGUGUGAGGGUGUGGGUGACCUGGAGGCAGCGCGUGAGGAGAGGGUGCGCGUGAUGAACAGCGUGAAUCCCCUCGUGGUGCUCAGGAACUACAUCGCCCAGAAUGCAAUAGAGGCCGCUGAAAACGGGGACUUCUCAGAGGUCCAGCGGGUGCUGAAGGUUCUAGAACAGCCGUACAGUUCUGUGCCAGGCCUGGAGCAGCCGGGCUGGGUGGGCCGGGGAGGGGCUCCGGAAACAGGAGAGAGGGAUGAGAGUGGAGGAGGAGGAGAUGGAGAGGAAGAGAGAGAGGAGGCACAGGUGGGGGCAGGGAGUUCGGAGGGGGGCCGCGUGCCAGUCCCCUAUGACAGUAAACCCCCUGCUUGGGCCAGUGAGAUCUGCGUCACCUGAUCCUCAUAAAUCCUUCCUUGACCACAAGGCCUCAAGGUGUGACCCACGGAGAGAGAGGAAGUGUAUGUGUGCAUGUCUGUGUGUGAGCAAGAGAGCAUUUCAGUAGAAGAAAAGAACACUUCCCUGUGAGUAAUUUUUAGUUUGAUGCUUUUUAUUACUUAACUUGGUGGAGACCUGUGUGUGUGUGUGUGUGUGUGUGUGUGCGUGUGCGUG